AUUUUAUUUUAUUUUAUUUUUUUUUUUUGGUCAUCUCUGGUGCUGUUGAUAUAAACCGGUUGCUCUUGUUACGGCUAUUCCCUUGACCUGUUCUCAGCAUGCGUCCUCUCACCGAGGCGGAGACGAAAACCCUGUUCUCCAAGCUUGCGAACUACACGGGUAGCUCCCUGAACCACCUCAUAGCUCCUCCCUCCUCUUCGGAAGGCGGCCAAUCCGAAGAUGAAAGACAUGUCUUCCGCCUACAUGGAUCACGAGUCUACUAUGUCCGCCUUUCUAUAGCCAAUCUCGCAACAUCCAUCGCGCGCGACAACCUACUCUCCGUCGGUACCUGUAUAGGAAAAUUCACAAAGACGGGCAAAUUUAGACUGCACAUUACAGCUCUAGACGUUAUCGCACCUCAUGCAAGAUAUAAGGUGUGGAUUAAGCCGAACGGAGAGAUGCCAUUCCUCUAUGGUGGAAAUGUUGUUAAGGCGCAUGUUGGACGGUGGAGUGACGACUGCCCGGAGCACCAGGGCGUGGUGGUAAUGUCAAUGGAUGAUACUCCUCUGGGAUUCGGAGUAACAGCCCGUUCGACGGCAGAAGCGCGUCGGUUGGACCCGACUGGAAUUACGACAUUUAGACAAGGCGACAUUGGGGAAUAUCUAAGAGAGGAAGACACGCUGUUCCAGACAACAUAAAUGUGUUUUUCAAUUUGUGUUUAUGUUUACUACAUUAUCAGUUUUGGCGUUGGAAGGCACUUGGGUUCAGUUGACAUACAUAGGCGAGCCAAAAGCAAAUGUUACCAAUUUCGAAAGGCCAUACUCCGUUCUUCUCUCAUCCUCAUCCCGCAAGCGCCCGUCGUGCCUUUGCUGGGCCUUGCCCGGGUGGGCGCCGGUUGGCACUGGAUAACGUACAUGGUACUCAACCCACCAAACAACCUACUACAUGGUAAUCUCUGGUUAAGGUUCCACUGGACCUUUAGGUGGCUAUUUUCCUGCGUUUACACUUUGCUUCUCGGAUUUCAAUCUCGUUGGUUGAGCAAAUAACCCCAUGGCAGCUAGACAUCACUGAAGGUAUGACGAGUUAAAUGCUCCUGCAUCAACGCCGUUAUCCGACUGUCUGCGUCCCCUAAAUCUGUACAUGUUCGUUUUGCUGCCUUGGGUUGUUUCCUUCGCUGUACCACGAUGCUAGCAAACAUGAUGCUUUGGGCAGACACAUAUGAGGGUUGGGAUUUAGGCCAAUAUUCAUCAAACAAGCCUAUUUAGGCAUCAUACCCAACAAUCUUGAUGCUGUAUGGGCAGAAAAGGCUUUUCAAAAGUUCAGCUUUAAAUGAUACCCUGCCUGCUAUGCUUGCCGAACUUUUUUUCUGUCUGGUUCUCCGUACCUAACCAACUUCAUAGCUAUUUUAUGUGCCCUU